UGAUUUCUUGACGUUAUAAUUUAUGACCAAUCAAGCCGACCAGUGAUAUAAACAAAAAACAUGGAUACUUAGGAGUGGAAAAUAGAUAAUAAAUAGAUCAUUAAGACCGUGACGGUAAAAUCAACGACUAUUGGAUAAAUUUGUGCUCAUAAAUAUUUAUGAGGAUGUCUGAUGAUGCACAUCCAAUAAGUGAAGUACAGACGGGAGCGAAAAAUGACGGAAACAAACAAGAUGAAAAACGGCUGUCACUGAGACGACAAGUUUCCAAAAACAAAAAUGGAGGUGGCCCAGUUAUGAUACAGGUACAGGGUCUGACAAUGGAUCCAAGCAGUCCAAGGUACGAAAUUGUUAAAGAUAUGGAAGAACCACAAGAUAACACAGAAAAUCUUGACCCGCUUACAGAAGCAAAGAACAGCAAAAAUAGAAAUGAAGCAGAAGAAUUGGAUGUGGCAGAAGAUGACAAAGAAGAUGCUAAAAACAGGAACUCUUUAGUUAAUGAUAGAACUACUAGUGAUUUAAUUGACGAGUCUGCCGAAAAUACUGAAGAUGGUGCUGCCAAUAAUAACGAUGACAUAAAAGUGGAAAAUAAUAACAUGCCUAAGGAUGAUGCUGAAAUUAAAAAAGACGAGACUAAGGAUGAGAGACCUGAGAAGAAACUAGAUGAUGAUAUAGUUGUCCUUGUUGCUGGUAAAGAUGAUGUUGAUGCAGCAAGUACAUACUCUCUGUUCAUGGAGAAAGACUUUCGUUACUAUUUCCAGCAUCCUUAUUGUCGCUUGUUCAUCUCAUAUUUUGUAGUGUUUUGUAACUUUCUCAUUUACGCAGAGGACCCAGUGGCUCACAGCAGAAAGGAGUGCCUUAUUCCAAUGAUUGGGAAUGAUUUUGCAAUGGUUUGCACAAGAUAUCCGCCCAAUGCAUGGAGUUUGUUAAAGGUUGUAUUCUGGUUAACUGGACUUAUUGUUGGACUAUUCAUUGGCAAACUCCUUGUCCAUGGUCUUCUCUUUAAUGGUAUAUUCCGGUUGAAGAUGUUCAGUGAUGACCAAGGAUCAUGGAUGGUUAUGUUUCUAAUAUCUCUAAUCACAAUUUUCAUCAUGUCAUUGUUCUAUAACCUCUUCCUGAUGAUAGGGGGCGACGCUACAGACCCGUACAGGAUCUCCGAUCUCAUGGGUGUCCGUAAUGAUAUCUUUAUGAAGGCAGCAGCGUGUGGCACUUGGUGUGGAGAUUUCUUUACAGCAUGGAUGGUAACAGACAUCAUGUUACAGGAGAAGUUGUAUCCCGGCUGGGCGCGACCUGUCAGAACCUGGUGGAAGAGAGGCUGGAACCGGAUUAUUUUGUUUUGGAUCGUUGUGCUUGUCACAUCAUUUGUCGUAAUCUUUGUCAUUGCCACCGACUAUAUACAGUGGGACAAACUCAACCGUGAUUUCCUGCCAACCAAUGAAGUCUCCAGAGCUUUUCUUGCUUCAUUCAUUCUUGUGAUGGACCUUCUUAUUGUCAUGCAGGACUGGGAUUUUCCACAUUUUAUGAGUGCAAUAGACAUUAAGCUGCCAGGUUUGAACAUUGCACAUAUCAGGUUCAACAUCCCAAAAUUCCUGAAGAAAGAAUCAUGGCAAGUUCAUAUAACAGGAAAGUGGUUCAACUAUGGUGUUCUGUUUCUGGUAAUGUUACUGGAUCUGAACAUGUGGAAAAAUCAAAUAUUUUAUGCGCCCUAUGAUUACGGUCAGUACACAAAUCCUGAUGGUAGAAUAUACACAGUCCAGGAUGACUACAGCUUGGAAAACUUCAAUGAGACACAGAUAACAUAUUCGUUCAGAAACGCAACAAUUAAUCCUGAAACUGGAAAACCGUACAUAGAUGGCGACACUCAUAUGAAUACAAAGUUUUUCGAUAACUCAAUUGCAAUAAAAGGUUUAGCUUUUAUUCCAAGCAUAGCUGCCUUUAUUGUAUUUGGCGUUCUUAUUUGGAUGUUUGGUAGAUUUAAGCCUACAGAGCAUGACCCAUAUGCUGGGAGGUUGAAGAAACGACUGAAAAAGAGGCUGUCCUUUAAGAAUCUCUCGUUUAGGUUGCCAUGGCGACGGAGGGAGGAAGUAAGGAGGAAAAUUCAUGCUGUGCCUAAGUUGCUGUAUUUUAUGAGGAAAGGUACGAAAGGUGAAAAAGAGCAAAUUGAACAGAAAGAAAUUCCGGCUGAAGGGUUUACUGAUGAUUCUGAAGCUAAGGUUGAAAAUAAGAUUGAGACAACUGUUGUUGAAGGUCGUGAAAUAGAGGAAACAGAGGAAAAAGUCGAGGAAAAGGUCGAAGUAAUUGAUAAAUAGAUAAGAAAAUCAUGAUGAUUCUUUUAGAUGAAUACUUGGAAAUUAUAUUAUUUUUUCCACUUAUGUAAUGAAUGAAUUGGUAAAAUGAUUUUGUUUGGCAGGUUUGAUUGACUUUGUCAAAAGAUAACAGGCAAUAAUUUAUAUACAAAGGCAGUCAAUGAUUUUGUAAAUAGUAUAUAAAUGUAUCAUCCCAUGAUAAUUUUAUUUGGUAUGUAAAUGUUUUUUAAUGACAUAAAUGAAGUGGUGACAUCCACAUUUUUAUUCUAAGUUUAAAAAAAAGUUGGAUUGGUCAUUGAAAAGCAUAUUGACCUUUCCCCAGCCCAUUGACCCCCCAUUUGUACCCAGUAAGUUUCACUGAGCAUUAACCAAAAUAUCAGAAGCUGUUAUUUCUUUGUGAACAGACAUUUUGUAUAAUUUUUCUGAAGACACGGUAAAUUUUCUUUCACUAUUUUAUUGACGGGUUAAACACUUAUGUCAUAGUCUCAGUGCAAAACUGUGUUAUCUUUAUAAAAUGAAGGAACAAGAUACUUUAGUUUGACUGGAGCCAGACUAGAGAUUCAAAAGUCAUUAUUGGUUGUCACCACUUCCUAAUUGAUGGAUACAAGAAAAAUACUGGAGUUUUUCAGUGUCUGUUAAAGCUGAUAUAUUGUGAGGAAAUGUCUUGUGUUAUCAUAAUGUCAACUUGGUAAUCUUAUAUUGUCUUAUAUGUUGUUUAUACAUAUAGAUGUGUUCCAUGUUUCUAUCAAGUGUAGAUAAUGUGCCUAAAUUUUUUCUUUGUACCCAUUUUGUAGAAAAAACAUACAAACAAACCCUAUAUUUUACCAUGUUUAGAGAGUAUAUUUGUUAUGUGUUAGAAAUGUGUAUAUUUUAUAUAUUGUUCUACAUUUUCUGUAAAUUGCUGCUGUAUGUAGUGUAUUGAGGUAGCUACAUUGUGUAUUUAUAAAAUCUCUUCAUUAUCUUAAAUGCCAUUGUAUUUUCUAUUCAAAGAUGUCUAUUUUUCUACUUGCCAUUCUUACCUUGAUAAAAUAUAUUUUGUAAGAUAGUCAGAUUUCAAACAAAUCACCCAAGUAUGUUGAUGGAAGUAUAAUUAUCCUAGAGGGUUGGUAGCACCUACAGUAGACCUAAGGCAAAAGUAUUAUACCAAAUUAGCUUGAACAUGUGUAUAAACUGACCGGUCUCUGUUGAGAUCCCUUUAUCUUAGCUUACAACAGACUGUUCCAAAGUCCAGUAAGUCAAAGCAUAACAAGUAUACAGCUAGUUUUUAGAUCUGUUUUGUAAAGUUUGUUGAAAGGAAACAUGUAUUUGGAUUUUUAGUUAUAACAGCAAUAUAUCACAGUGUGGCUGCAGUUAUAACAGCAAUAUAUGACAGUGUUGCACGUUGUUAUGACAGACUUGUUAAUUAACAUCACUGCAGGCAGUUGAUUAAAUGAUCUAGACAGUUAAUACAUUAAGUUAUCUAAUUGACAAAGCAGUGCUAAUGUAUUUGAUUGAUUGAAGUAUGUGAUUAAAGAGAGAGAUAGACAGUUGGAAACAAAUUGCUUUCUGUUUUUUCUCAAAUAAAACUUGCAGUGCAGGUCUUAGUUAAUACUUUCACCACAGAUUUUGUUUAAUUUAUUUGACUUGCUGCAAAUCAGGAACUGUUCAUUGUAAAUUUUAGGGGUUUUAAGCCAAAAAUAUUUAAAAAGGGUUGGUUGACUGUAUGGGGUCAGGUCACUUGACAUGGCUUUUCUGGCUGUGUCAUCCCUUAUAACCUGUGACAUUGGUGUGGGUUUAUACCUGCUAGUUUUAAAAUUGAAAGUACCACAGGACUGAGAUUUAGUAAUAAAUAAAACCACCAUUAUUGUUCACAUCUAUAAAAAGACUAUAUAUUUUAGACUUUCCUGAAAU